AUGACGUAGGGGCUUGAGAGAGGAAGGGGCUUGACAGGGGACACGCGCUGUCAGGCCCCUUCUGCAGCCAGACACUCGUGGACGGUGCCCGAACUUUCACUUCCGGUGUCGCACGGGAUCCAUGUUAGACAGCCGCUCAAAUGUACAACAAUAAAUAUUUAUCUUUUGAAAAGUUGUGUAAAAGUAAGAGAAGACUUAAACACCGCAGGAAACCCAUGGUAUAGGUAUCACGUUCCCAUAAACGACUUCCCAGGAUGUCACUGGUGGAUCUGGGGAAGCGGCUGCUGGAAGCUGCACGGAACGGCUACGACUAUGACGUUAGGUCACUGAUGGCCAGUGGAGCCCCCUUCACCACAGACUGGCUAGGGACAUCACCACUACAUCUUGCGGCCCAGUUUGGGCAUUUCUCUACCGCCGAGGUUCUGCUUAGGGCGGGCGUGAGCAGGGAUGCCCGGACGAAAGUGGACCGGACCCCGCUGCACAUGGCCGCCACUGAAGGCCACUUGAAAAUCGUGGAGCUGCUCAUCCAGAACGGGGCGGAUGUCAACGCCAAAGACAUGCUGAAGAUGAGCGCGCUGCAUUGGGCGGCCGAGUACGGCCACAAGAGGGUCGCCGAGCUGCUGCUCAAGCACGGUGCUGACGUCCGUGCCCUCAGCAAGUUCGACAAGACCCCUUUCGACAUCUCCCUGGACAGGAACAACGCUGAGCUCAUGCUUAUACUACAGGAGGGAAUGCAGAACCAUGUGAACGUGAACCUAGAGCAAAAUUCGGCCUGCUCCUCCAUGGCCGCUAUCACGAGUCCUCAGUUUAUCUUAUCGCCCACGGCAAUGGUCAGCCUGUCUGAUCUCGUUCCUGCCACGACCAAAGCUGUCUCAGGUAACUCUGAAGAGUUCACUGUGGAGAGCUCAGCCUUCCAACACAUGGUGGGAGCGGGUUCUCAGAGGGUUUUCAGCAUAGUGACAGAUCAAAAUGGCAACAUGCAACCCUUAGCCCUUAGCCAGCGGUUACUCGUCACCAUGCAAAAUGGACAGCAGAUGCUGGCGAUGGCAGAUGGGCAGAUUGCAGAGGAGGCCGAGGACGAGGAGCACCGGCCGCCCCAGGCUCGCAAGCGCAGAUUAGAGUCGGCCGUGAACCGCAGAGAGCCCAAAGACAAGGAUCCCGUGAAGGAUGACUGCAGGGAGCUGCUGCAGAUGCAGCUUCAGGAGGCUAAUCGUAAGGCCCAGGAAUACCGUCAGCAGCUUCUCAAGAAGGAGCGGGAGGCAGAGCAGUACCGUCUCCAGCUCGAGGCCAUGGCUUAUAGCCGGAGUAACGGAAACGGCUUUGGGCGGGACGGCCUGGGAGGGGAGGAGAUGAUGGUGCUUCCGGAAGGGGCUAUCAUAAUCAAGGCAGGGGACCUGGAGGUCACGGAAGAGGAGGAGGAAGGCGAGGAAGAGGUGACGCUGGUAGAGACUGUGGAGACAACAGCCACUGACACAGAGGUUAACUCUUAAAAGCAGACCAACCUAAACAACGUACAGAAGCAUUGUGUCCUUUUCGUAUCUUUGUUUUUGUAUAAAUAUUUUUAUAUUAUGGGAUUUAAUGCAUAUUUGCAAAGAUCAGUGUGGAGCCCGAGUGAGCAUCGUGUAAAUUGUGAGUAACCGGGAAAGAGGCCAUGACAACACCUAACACUCUGAAGCUCUGCCAGGAGAACGAGACACAAAGAGGAGCUCUUUCUGGGGGAACAACAUGAAAUCCUUUAUCUCCUCAUUUCAGGCAGGACGUUUGAGCAGAGCCAACACAGGACUCAUGGGUAACCUGCUAAGGAGUAAGGAUUACCUGAGUAGGCCGUUCUCGUUUCAAGUUUUCGGACCGACAGGAUUUCACGGACCGAAUUAUCUAAGCUGUCCAGGGUAGCGUCAGACCCCCCUCACUCUCUGGCUGCCAGUGCGUUUGCUUGACUCUCACAGCCAAAGGGUACCCGCCAGUCUUCUGCAUCAUGUUUCUCUGUUACACCUUUCUCAGGCAUUGCUGGUAUGUCAUUGCAUAUGCGCUGCACGGCUGGUGCUCUGAUCCUGCUGCGGAAAGGCAGUUGCUUAACGAAUUUUCAUUAUUGACACGCAGAUCAGUAGUUCGCUAUAUUAAUAAUAAAAAAAAAUCACAAAAGGCAUUUUUAUAUAUAAAAUUUAUACUUAAUUUAUGCUACUGUCGUCACAAUGCUAGCAUCCUUUUAAAUAAUUCAUAUUUUCUAAUUUUAUCCUUGAUUUUUUUUUUUUUACUUCAAUUUGAAUUGUCGCCAAUUCAUUAUUCAUGCUCGGCUACAGACAGGGGCCUUGUCUGCCAGUGGCAGAUGGGGGGGGGGCUUAUAGGCGCACAUCUGAUUCACUACCCAGCCCUGUAUUCAAACUGCAAAUCAGCUGGCACAGGCCAGGAGGGAAAGGCAGUGAUGAGGGGAAUAACGUAAACGUUACCACUGGCAACCAUUAACUGUGUGCACGAAGCCACAUGCUGGAGACGAGCACUGCAUGGCAUCUUGGGCAGUAUUCUUGGCAAUCUGGUUGCCUGGUUACAAAAAAAUGGUGGGUCACUACAGAAACAAUUUGUGGAAUGUCUGCCUAUAUUAUUGAAAUGCAAGAGGUAACUGAGCCUGUGCUACAUUAAAACAAGUAUCUUUGUAUAUGUGUAUAUGUUGUACAAGUUCAGUUAACAUAUUACGAAGCAUUUACAUGGUUAUAGCGAUUCCUAUCACUGGCACCUAUGUUAGUAUGUUUUUUUUCCUACGUAAUGUUUUUCCCGGGCUUUUAAGAAAUAUUGGCCAGACAGCAGAUGGCGCCACCUUUCUGCAUGUUCCACCUGCACUGAUCACUGAAAUGCCACAUCACUUCUCAUAUACAUCAUCUCAAUGCAUUUAAUAUGUAUACGAUAAUUUGUUGAUUGAAAUCUAUUUUCAUCCUACGGUGUUGUCGAACGUAUGUGAAAGCUUAUUUAUGUGUAUUAUGUUCUGGGGGAAGUCUUGCGAGGAAAAAAUUUGUCAUGGCGGAUUUUGCAAGACAAGGUGUGAUGCAGGUUCAGAUGUGCUUCUAAGGUUGGUGGGGGGACUGGUUCUGUAGAGCAUAUGAAUUUGGCUCGAUCUAUGAAUUACGCCUUUUUUAUUUUCUGUCAUGUUGCGGCAUCAUUUUUUAUUUUUACAGAGAAACACCAGACAUAUUCAUAUGGGCUGUUUUCACAUGUUGGUUUGUAUUUCACUUUGAACACUAUUGGGGGUAUUAAAAAGACAAAGUGGAGUUUUAUAUAGGUUAACUGUAUAACAGUUCUUUUGUCAUAAUAAAACAUACAGAAUACGUU